GAAUUGCACCAAGUUUAUAAACGAAAAGUAGUCAUACCUGAUAUCAAUCUUCUGGCAACACUGUAAGGCCAUUUUUUAAAUUUGUAGUUUUGUUCGGAUUUGUGAAUCUGCAGUUUGACUUCGCUUUAUUGUUUCUUUCUUCUCAGUUAUUUUGAUAUCUGCUUGUGGAGGAUCAGUAACAAUCACCAUGUCUUCAAACUGUGUAUCGCAUGAAUCCUUGGACCAGAAUACAUUGCAUCACAAAGCCGAAAUGUCUUCAAAAUGGAGCAAUAUCAAAGAUUUGGAUUUGUUCUUCAGGAGACUAUAUGUCUAUCACCAGAAGCGGGGAUUUUUCACUAUAGUUUUGGGUAGAAUUCUAGAGCUCGUUAACUAUAUGUUCGUUGUUUUCUUAGCAAUAUAUCUUUUUCAUGGAAUCGAAUACUCUGUUCUUUUUGCUGAUGUCCCUGGAAAUAAUCCAGUCGCUGGGCCCCAUUCACAAGCUACGUUCUCCUCUAGUCAUGGCAAAGUUACAUUAUAUGAUACUAUUUUGCCACUGAAUGAGUGUAUUAGUAAUUUCACUGGUUUAACAAAACUCAUUCUAGGAAUACUAUCAGGAGCGUGGCUAUUAUUAUUUUUUAUAAGAAUCUACCAGGUGGCGCUCAUGUGGGAAACGAGACAGUUUUACCACGAUGUUCUCAAAGUUAACGAUGACAAUUUAGAUAACCUGACUUGGAGGGAAAUUCUCAAGAAAAUCAGAGACGCGCAGUUGAAGCUGAAUAUAUGUGUGAUCAAAAAAGAGCUAACAGAUAUGGACAUCUGUCAUCGUAUUUUGAGACAUGAAAAUUUUUUAAAAGGGCUGAUGCAACAGGAAUUGCUGCCUCCAACGAUAUGCAUACCUUUCCUACCAAAGAUUGUUUUCUGGACCAGUGGAUUCGAGAUGAAUAUUCGUUUAAUACUUUUCCUGACACGAUGGUCAGUCUUCAAGAGUUCUUGGGAAAUACAUGAAGAGUACAAAAAAUGUAAAGAAAGUAACAGAGCUGCAAAAAAACUGGGAAAAUUGAUAGAGACUCUUGCCUUCAUAAAUCUUGUAUGUUUUCCAUUAAUUUUUUUCUGUCAGAUCUUCUACGGAGUUUUAAACUAUGGCGAACUACUCAAGCGACAACCAGGCGCUUUUAGCAUUCGCCGCUGGUCGAAAUACUCGAAACUUUACUUGAGACAUUUCAACGAAUUCGAAGAAGAAUUGCAUAUCCGGCUCUGUCGAGCCUAUGGGCCAACCACUGAAUACUUAUCAACUUUCAGUAGACCCAUCUUCGCGGAAUUAGCGAAACAUAUAGGAUUUGUUAGCGGGUCUCUCUUCGUGGUUCUGGUAGGGCUGAUGAUUUACGACAAGGACGUGAUCAGUGUAGAUCAUGUGCUGUCCAUCACGUCUUUUCUGGGAAUUGUUGCUGCGUCCUGCAGGAAUUUUACCCCGGAUAAAACUAAAAUUGACGAUCCGGAUAGACUUCUCAAACAAGUGGUUGAGUACACCCAUCAUCAACCAUACAGUUGGUCACAUACGCAAUGUCCAUCAAGAAACAAAGACAUGCAACAAAUACUUCAGCUUUUUCAAUUGCGAGCAGUUGGGAUUUUGGAAUGGUUGCUUUCCCCGAUUCUUACUCCCAUCUUGAUGCUUUUUUGGCUUUAUCCUAGGUCACACCAAAUAGUGACCUUCUUCAAUACAUUUUCAGUAUUCCAUCGAGAAAUAGGAGAUGUCUGCAGCUUCGCCAUGGGAGGUGAGGACGAUGGCAUUCCGUACAUGAAAAAACCUUUUGAAAUGUCUCAGGAGUUCGUGCCAGAGGACACUGUGGAUGUUAAGAUAUCUAUACCACUAGAGCCUUGUCUCUCCCCAUCCAGACCAUAUGUUUUUCUUGAAGACAGUGCCGAGCGUGUGUUUAAAAAUUUUGAAAACGUAUCCAAAUUCGAAUCAAGCAUCAACACAAUGAAGGCGGAAGUCGAGUAUGAAAUUCCUGCCACGUUCACAUCAGCAAAUUUGAUAAAGAAUUCAGCAAUGCUGGAAAAAGAACCACUGUUGCCUCGAAGUAAGCGGUAGCUCGUAAGUGGUUGCUUCCAAAGGUAUUUGACUGCCGUUUCCUUUCUAUUUUUUUUUUUCAAAUAAUUAAAGCAAAAAACAGGCGUCAGCGCCUAGGACUUGAAUUAUCAAACAAUUAAUAUUUUGUAAUGGAACAGCAUGUGAUGGAUUUGACAAGUAACACUUUAUGGUAAGAUUUUCACUGGACACUUUACAAUGCUUGAGAAUAGCUCGAUUUUAUUUGGUCAUAGAGUAAGUUUUCAGAAUUCUUAAAUACAUUAGGUUCUUCAAUCUUUAUUUUAUGGUCGUGGUUGAACCCAUUCCUCUGUAUCAGAAGAUGGUGUGCAAAUGUGAAAAUGGUUUUCAAAAAUAAUUAAUACAGUUUAUUGUAUGAUUUUCGCUAUAAAGGGUUUUACAAAAAC